CAGUGUUCGAUCGUGAAAAUUUCAAAUCGAACUUGAAGUUGUAUUUUGAAUUUGGAAAACAAAUUAUUACUUUAUUUUCCAACUUACUUUUCACUUUUGAAGUUGUAUUUCAAAUAUGAAAAAUACAUUCAAACAUGAACAUUAUUUCAAAUAUUCCUUGCAAAAAAGUAAAACUAAACACAACUUCAUUUUCUAACUCCAACUCCAUAAAUUUCAAUAUAGUCAAAAAUAUUUAGAAUCUAUGGCUGAACGCUUACUUAACCAAUUUUUUUAACACAAAAAAACAUACAGACAAGCAUACAUUCUCGAACUAGUGGCAUUUGUUUGAAUUUUUAGAUUGCAAUCAAUUUUGAGUUUUUAAUCUUGAAAAAAAAUUUUGUUUCCCAAGAUUUUCAAACUCAAUUCAAAUCUUUCAAAAAAUUUAAGAAAUAUAUAAAAAAUUUGUUCCUUUUAAGUAAAAAAAACACAACUUUGCUGAAAAAGCACUAAUAAGUAUCAAGAUCCAAGUAUGGAUCUGGAAUUAAUUGCAAAAUCGAAAUAGACCCUCUUUUGGGACAAUUUUUUAUUCUAUAACUGAAAAUGGAACUCAAAUACAAUAGAAAAACUAGCUGAAUUUAACUAAACUAAACUAAACUAGAUAGAAUAGCCUCCAUUGUCAGUGAUAAUCUGCAGGAAGAGAUGAGAAGAGAUUAGAAGAAAGGAGAGAGAGAAUAGAAGAGAUAAAGGAGAGAAAAGAAGUUUGGAAAAGAUGAAGAGCCUGUUUGGAUGAGCUUAUGGCUUAUAUGCUAAAAGCCAUAAGUUAGGAUUCCUAACUUAUCACUUUUAGCUUAUUUUUGUUAUUUUGGCUUAAAAAUAAGUACAUAAAAGCACUUUUUUAUUUUACCCAACACUAGAAAAGUGUUUAAAAGUUAUUUUUCUUAAAAGCACCUAAAAUGGGCCAAUCCAAAUAGUCUCGAAGAAUACCAGUUGAUCAAUGCUUUCUUCUCUCUCAUCAUUAGCUUUAUAACAAACUAGGGUACGUGGCAUAAUCCUGGCCUGUCUUGCUCAUUGAUGAAGACUUAAUCCUGGCCGCUCGUUUUGAAAGUUAGUUACACCUUAUUUUUCCUAUACUCGACUUCGAACCCAGCUGCAAGCAUUUUGUAUGUAAAACUAGUAGGGUCAUGACAUACCCUCCCUCUACAAAUCAUCCUUGACCUCAAGGAUGAGAAUCAAAAUCUGAAAACUUGAAUUUAAGGAACUAGUAAUCCUCCCAAGUUGCAUCUUCUGGAGGUAAUUGGACUACUUAACCAGCACUUUAACCAUAACUACAUUGUUCUUUUCACUAUCUACCUCAGAAGAAUUGCUACAGGUUUAGCCAAAACGUGACCAUCAUCACUAGAACUUGGUAAAACUAUUUGCACGAUCACCCAUUUGACCGCUUUUUUCUUGAGCAAGGAGACAUGAAAAACAGGAUACCUUGGAAGUUGGAGGUAAAGCAAACCUGUAAGCCACCUUGCCUACUCUAGCCAAUACUCUAUAGGGUCUAUAAUAGUUUAAACUUAGUUUCAAGUUCUUCCUUAAGUUAAGACUGUGUAUAUGGUUGCAGUUUCAAAUAGACCAUCUCAUCAACUUGGAAUUCCCUUUCACUCCUCUUCUUAUCAGUAUAGUGUUUCAUCCUCUCUUGUGCUUUACUCCAGUUGUCCUUCAACAAUUGUUACAUCUGUUGUUUAUUCAUAACUGCAUCUUCUGUAGCUAUUACUUUUGUCUUAAGCAAUGGACCAAUUGAUAAGUGUGGUGGAAAUAACCAUAUAAAGCUUCAAAGAGAGUGCACUGUAUACUUGUAUGGAAGUUGGUGUUAUACCACCACUCUGUAGCAGUGGACCAAUGUUUCCAGUGAUUAGGCCUGCUAGCAGUCAUGCACCUAAGGUAAUUCUCCAAGCACUUUUGACCCUCUCAGUCUGGCCUUCACUUUGAGGAUGGUAAGUUGUGCUAUAGUGCAGUUAAGUUCCCAGUAGUUUAAACCAAGCUUGCCAAAAAUUGCUAAGAAAGACCAUGUCCCUAUCAGUGACAAUAGAUUUAGAAGUGGUAUUAAGGAAAUGUACUCUUUUCCAAAACACUUCAGCUACUGUAGCAACAGUAUAGGGGUAGGAGAGUGAUAGGAAGUGAGCAUACUAAUCAUUCUGUCAACUACCACCAAUAUCACCUCCUUGUUUCUAGAGUUGGGUAACCCUUUAAUGAAGUCCAUACUAAUGUAACCCCAAGCUUGAAUAGGGAUAGGAAGGGGUUGUAGCAGGCCUGGAUAAGCUACACUUUCAUCUUUACUCUUGAGACACACAUACUAACUGGUUACAAAUUCAACAACCAUCUGUUUCAUUCCAGGCCAGUAGAAUAUUUGAGACAACCUCAUAAGAAUUUCUAUUUGACCAGAGUGGCCCCCAAUAGAGAUCAUGGAAGGUGGUCAUCAGCUUAUUUCUAAGAUAACAAGUUGCUCCAAUAUAAACUUUACCUUUCUUCCUGAGAAUAACAAAAGAAAAAUUCCAUAAACCUUGCCCUUCCAAGUCCACUUCAAGCUGUGUGAUCAUCUCCAUUACUUGAGGGUCACCAUCAUAACUGGCUGUCACUUCUUGUACCCAAAAAGGAAUAAAAACACUAAUAGGCAGCAGUUUACCAGCAAUAGUGUCAGGAUUAGGAUCCAACCCUUCAGUCUGUCUAGAAAGAGCAUCAACAACUCUAUUCUCAGCACCUUUCGUAUACCGUACUUCAUAAUCCAACCCAAGUAGCUUAGUCAAUCCCUUUGGUUGUAUAGUUGAAGUCACCCUUUGUUCUAACAAAUACUUUAAACUGUGAUGAUCAGUUAUGACUGCGAAGUGUCUGAACUACAAGUAAUGUCUCCAUUUUUCUACACAUUCAACAAGGACAUAUUCUCCUUUUUAUGUAUAGACUCACCUCUGUGUUUAUGUGCCAACACCUUGCUAAAGCAAGCCAUUGGCCUUCCACCCUGCUUUAAGACAUCAUCUAUCCUAUUAUGACUAGCAUAUGUUUCUACAAUAAAUUCCUUGUCAUAAUCAAGUAGCACUAAGACAUGAGUGGAUGUCAUAGCAGACUUGAGGUUUGAGAAAGCUACAUCAUCUUCCUUACUCCAUAUGGAGGAAUCCUUAAGGAUCUACAAAUGGAACCAUAAUUGGCAUUAUAUUUUCUGUGGUAACCAAUUAGUCCCAAAAAUCCUCUAAGGGCCCAAAGAGAUUUUGGUUUAGGCCACUCAACCAUGGCUUGAAUUUUAGAUGGGCCACUAGCAAUACCUUCAGUACUGAUUACAUGACCUAAGUAUUCUACCUUGGACAAACCAAAAGAACAUUUUGACUUCUUAGAAAAAAGUGAUUGUUUUCUCAACGACUCUAACAUUGCAAUUAAGUACUUAACAUGAUCUACUACUGAUACACUAUAUAUGAGUAUAUCGUCAAAGAAAAUCAAAAUAAAUUUUCUCAAGAAGGGUUGAAAAACCUGAUUCGUCAAAGCUUGGAAGGUGACGGGUGCAUUUGUCAAGCCAAAUGACAUGACUCUAAACUCAUAGUGGCCCAUAUGGGUCCUAAAAACAGUCUUGUCAACAUCAUCUAUCUUCAUCCUGAUUUGGUGAUAACCAGCCCUUAGAUCAACUUUGGAAAAUAUCACAGCCCUAUGCAGUUCAUCAAGUAAGUCAUCAAUUAUAGGAAUGGGAUAUAUAUCCUUUAUAGUUAUGUCAUUUAGUCCUUUAUAAUCCACACAAAAUCUCCAGAUUCCAUCCAACUUUUUGACAAGAAGUGCUGGUGAUGAAAAUGGAGACUAACUCUGCUGAAUAUGCCAUUGUUCAGUGAAAAUGGGAAGUGACAAAUCAAAAGGAUCAGGAUCUGGCUCUAUAGAUAUGUGCAGUCAGGUUGAGUUUAGGGGUUAUAAUUGUAAAAGUUGUAGUGUUGGACCUGAUAUGUAUGACACUAGCAAAUUGGUGGGUGGUGGUGAGGUCCAUAUUGCUGAUGUUGAAGGAGAAUCGAAGAAUAUAUUAGGCUUUGGAGACCUUGUUUGGGGAAAGGUACCGUCUCAUUCGUGGUGGCCAGGGCAAAUAUACGAUGAGAGUCUAGUACCUUCUCCACGAUGCGGUAAAAAGAGAGAUGGUUCAGUUCUAGUUGCCUUUUAUGGUGAUGGUAGUUAUGCGUGGCUUGAUCAUGAUCAAAUCAUCCCUUUUGAACCUCAUUUUGAAGAGAAGUCAAACAAGUCAAAAAUUCAAACUUUCGUUGUAGCAGUUAAAGAAGCUGUUGAUGAGCUGAAAAAGAGAGCGGUACUUGGCUUGACUUGCUUCUGCCAGGGUAAUUUUCAGCCUACAACAAUUAAAGGGCUUUAUAAAGUUGAUGUAAGCGGGUAUGAACCUGGGGCCAUUUAUUCGUCAAAGCAGAUUAAACAAUGCAGAGAUGGUUUCCAGCCACAUGGGGUGUUUUCAUUUGUAAAGAAGUUAGCCAUGUCUCCAAGAUCAUUGCAGAAUUUUUAUGAUAUAAUUAGCAGAGCAAAGGUUACUGCUUACAGAAAAGCAGUUUUUGAAGAGAAUGAUGAGACCUAUGAUGAGGCAUUUGAUGAAUUUGAAAAAGGUGAUGAGACCUAUGAUCAGGCAUUUGGAGUGAAAGCCUCAAGCUCAGAGGAUCCUGCAGAUUUUUCAAAAGAUGGGAAUCAACGUAAAGAUUUUUCAAAAGACGGGAUCAAGGGGAUUGCUACAAGGAGAAAUAUGACUAAUGAAGGCUUGCAGAUUAAAUGUUCACUGAAAACGGGAAGUGACAAAUCAAAGAAUAUAUUAGGCUUUGGAGACCUUGUUUGGGGAAAGGUACGGUCUCAUCCAUGGUGGCCAGGACAAGUAUACAAUGAGAGUCUAAUACCUUCUCAACUAUACCAUAGAAAGAGAGAUGGUUCAGUUCUAGUCGCCUUUUAUGGUGAUUUUGAAUAUGCGUGGCUUGAUAAUGAUCAAAUCAUCCCUUUUGAACCUCAUUUUGAGGAGAAGUCAAACAAGUCGAAAAUUCAAACUUUCAUUGUGGCAGUUGAAGAAGCUAUUGAUGAGCUGAAAAAGAGAGCAGCACUUGGCUUGACUUGCUUCUGCCAGGGUAAUUCUCAGCCUACAAGAAUUGAAGGGCUUUAUGAAGUUGAUGUGAGCGGGUAUGACCCUGGGGCCAUUUAUUCAUUAAAGCAGAUUAAAAAAUGUAGAGAUGGUUUCCAGCCACAUGAGAUGUUUUCAUUUGUAAAGAAGUUGGCCAUGUCUCCAAGAUCUUUGCAGAAUGUUUACGGAAUAAUUAACUGUGCAAAGGUUACUGCUUACAGAAAAGCAGUUUUUGAGGAUAAUGAUGAGACGUAUGAUGAGGCAUUUGACGAAUUUGAAAAAGGUGAUGAGAUCUAUGAUCAAGCAUAUGGAGUGAAAGCCUCAAGCUCUGAGGACCCUGCAGAUUUUUCAAAAGACGGGAAUCAACUUAAAGGUACUGUUGGGUCUCAGGUAGAUCAAGGGGAUUGCUCCAAGGAGUCAUGUAAAGGAGAAACUAAAAGGAAGAGGUUGGAAGAGUCUCCAUCAGAUGAUCAGAGUCGGAAAGGCAAGUUCCAAAAGGAUGCCUUCUUUGACAAUCUGGUAACAAAAUCAGGUGAAGAAACUGAUGGAAUCUAUUGUUGCAAAAGUGGAGAAACUGUCAAAAAGAAGAAACAUAACAAGCUUAAUGACUAUGCUACUCCACAAAAUGGUGGUCUUUUGUCCGAUUUGCUGGCUUCUGCGUGUGAUCCAUUUUGUGGAGUCGAACUGGGAAAUGCUACUGGUGCAUUUAAGCAUUUGGAGCAAUACCAACAGAGUUGUUGUCCAGAUGAACAUGAGAAGACUAACAAAAAGCGGACACUCUUGAAAUGCCAAGACGAACAUAUGACUAGGAAAGAAGGGUUGAGGGACUUGACAAAGAAGUAUGGUGACCAAAAAUUUUUGACACCCCAAGAAGGUGAUGACGUUGAAAUCCAAUCAACAUUGUCAGUGCAGUCUGAAAAGAAGUUUACUGAGGAGUCUGCAAGGAAAGCUGAACCAACAAUGCUGGUAAUAAAGUUCCCUCCUCAAACCAUGCUCCCAACUGCUUCAGAAUUAAAAGCCAAGUUUGCAUAUUUUGGGCCAUUUGAUGAAUCAGCUACCCGUAUCUUGGGGGGAUCAGCAACAUGUCAAAUUGUAUUCAUGUACAAGUCUAAUGCUCAGGCUGCACAUGACUACGCAGUCGAAAGUAGAACCUUGUUCAACUCUGAUGUGAAUUACCACUUAACAGACUUUGAUGGUUCAAAAGAGUUCAUGGGAGAAAGUUUUGAUGACAUUCGAUCUUUUGAAGGUGAACCACAUCAUAUGUCAUUCCAGGAGUUGCCUUUGCAGUCCGAUACUGACUUGAAGUCAUUCCCCAAGGAAAACUCAAAGUGCGGGGAAGAGACUCUUUCUUCUAGCAUUCAGUAUAAGCAUGAAGUUGAUAGUUUGGAUGAGACUGUUGUGGCCAUUAAUGCAAAAUAUUCCAUGGAUGAGGGAUGGAAGAGUCAUUAUCAACAGAAUCUCAGUGCCAUUAACUGUUCAGAUUUGUCGCUUCAGUUGGCUAACCUUUUCCAGAAGUGCAAUGAAAUUUUGGGUGGGAUUGAAGGGUCACAAGACCAAUAGAGUUAAAUGAUGGAGAAGAAGAAAAGAGUACAGUAACUUAUGAUCUAAAGCAUUAUAUAUACUUUUGUUUCUGGCUAGUUCUUAUUUACCUUCAUCUCUGGGAGUGUUUGCUCUCUGACCUUUUACUGGAUUAUGCUGAUUUCAGACUUUUAACUAGGCA